AUGAGGGACCAAGAGAUCUCAGACCAGAAGAACAUGCUCCUCUUGGCCCUCUGUGGCAAGGGUUGCAGUGCUGGGAAAGGGGAGCGUACAUCCUUGAGGGAACACAGCCAGAUCUGGCCUGACAUUCAGGGCUUCUGCUCCAGAAACUUGGCAUCCCACCCUGCCCCCAAUAGGACAGUGAAAGCCAAUGAGGAAAAGGAAGUUUCUGCCUCACUUCUGGAUUCAGACCUGGCCAUUUCAUGCUAUCAUCAUAAGGUAACCAGGAAGCCACGGCAGCCAAGAAGAGUUCCAAUGCGGUGUGCUUCAAGGGUGAUAGGACGAAAGAAGACCCUUUGUCCACAGAGAUACAGAGACAGUGUCAAGGCACGGAAUAUGACGAUGAGGGUCAGAAGACCUAUAAAAGGAACCUUGAGAAAGAAAAUCCGAUCAUAUGCCACUCAGUCGAAGAAGGUAAAGAAAACAAGAAAACCAAACUGUUUUUUCUGUUCCUGUGCAAGUAACAAACUGAAUCAAAGCCGAAAAGGGUACCAAAAUAUGAGGCAGAGUCAAAGAAGGAGGCAGAAUCAAAAGAGAAGGUAAACUCAGCCACCCCAGAAUGAGAGACCCUGGAGAAGUACAAGCUGGGCAGACAGUAACUGAAUAGAAAAGGUCAGACAGUUUACAAUUGUGUCUCCAGAGGUCUGCUUUCUUCGAAAUGGCCAACCAGGAAAAGACUGACUCUCACACUAACAUAGUAAACUGAUGGCUUCGAUUAAAAUACACAUCAAAUGGUGAAAAGAUGA